GAUCUCAUGGCAUUGGCCGCCACAGUUUGCAAUUCUUGCCUGUGGGGUGUGGCUUGCUCUCGGGGACAGUCUCGUCAGUGCUACCACCGCACGGCAGCACCGCUGGUGGCACGCACAUCGUGAUGAGGUAGGCGGUUGCAAGGAGCUUUCAAGCACCACGGUCCAGUUUCUUCAUUUGUGCCCGGUCUUCCCCAGACUCACUCUGACAGCCAAGGCUUCCAGUCGGUGUCCGUCGGUGGCGAGCCAUGCACCAUUCUUGAGAUUCUCUGCGAAACGCCUGCUGGACAUGAAGGUCCACCAGUUGAGGUUGCAUGCCGAUGGACCGUGUGAGCCGAGCUGUGCUGAUUGCAGAUUUCAAUACACAGAGGAGGAGACCCCGUACAUUUCAUGGAUCUCCGCACGGGCGCUCUCUGCUGGAGAUCAGAUUGCUUUCGGCGCCGCUGAUCCUGGCGCCUUGCAGGUCUCGGGUCUCGACCGUGCCCUGAUUGAGAUCGGCAGUUUCAUUUGCGAUGCCGGGGCACAUGAAGUGCUGAAUUCAGAUGAUUUUUUCCUUGAGAGGCGGACUUUGAAUUGCGUUUUGCCGGACACCGCUGGACCUGGCCUCUCAUGGCUGCGGAUCCGGGCUCUGCCCAUGGGUUUGGAUGAUCCAAACUGCGCGCACUACCCUUGUACAGACCACAGCAGCCAGCCGCGGGGCUUUGGAUUCGCUGUCUUCCGCGCGUGGCAGGGCCAGGCAGAACUGCCGCCGGCAUUUCUCGACGGCGACUUCAAGCCAUACGAUUUGACAAUUCAUCCCGACAUCCUCGGGAUCAGCCCAGGUUUUUCCGGCAUUCUUGGUGGAGCGACAAUCAACAUAUCAGGAAGAGCUUUCGAUCCAAACGUGAGCAAAACGACGGUUAUGGUUGGCACAGAGCCUUGCCAAAUCACGCAAGUCCUGCCGGGGAUGCUGAUGUGUGAGCUGGCAGACCUGCAAGAGAAUGUCAGCUGCAUUGACUUCGAGGUCUUUGUGGGUGGAAGUCCCUUCUCAGGUGUGAAAUCAAUCCAGUACAAUGCGAACGUCAUGGAGAUAGCUUCAUGCCCCCAAGCAGAGGGCCGGGGUGCUGACUCUGGACGGCAAUUUACGGUCAGCAUGAACAUCUCUAGCCAACGUGGCUACUACUGGACCGAGGACUCCUGCCAAGCUGAAGGGCAACACGUCAGGGGCGAGAUGGUCGCGAGUAGCGAGGAAAGACUGACUUUCUGCUGUGCUAUGGAUGGGACCACGUGCGAGGGUCCUCGAUUUGGCCAGGUGACGACAUCUCUGCCAACAUAUUGGGAAGGAUGGGGAACCUGGGUGCAGAUUGGAACGACGACAGAAGAUCCCAUGUACGGAUCAUGCUUCCCACCGCUGCCGCACCGGGACGCGCUCCGCACCUGCGAGCUGAAGGGCAUGAGGUUGUGCACUCGCAUGGAGUUGAACUCUGGACUUUGCUGUUCGGCCGACUGCAGCUCCAGUGAUGGCACAGCUGCAUGGACGUCGGACGAGGGCUAUUUGCAGGAGCUGGUCAUCACCGCAGAGGACGGCGAACCCUGGCAGGAGGAGCUGUGGAUCCGCUGUGAAGAGAAGUGCGGCUUUCCGUUCAAUGUCACGUAUCCAGACCUGGGCAACGAGACCACGACGACGACAACCAAGUAUUCACCAGCUGAGAUCGCUCUUUGGGAGUUUGCGCCAUGGCUCCGCCCGGACGACUACAUACCUCCGGAGGAACAGGAGGGCCCGGUGCCUCUGGGGCCACCGCUUCCGGAGCCGCUGCGCCCCUUCGAGUCCCCGCACUUGCUGGCGCCCUUUGCCGGGAACCGAGGCCUGCGCUACAGCCUCUACGCAAACCCGGAGAACCUGCCUGUCCACCGCGCCCUAGGUUCUUCAAAUGCGGGAUACCCGCAAAGCCCCUUGAUGACCGGCACGAUGGUGGAUGUUCUGCGAGGAGCCCUUACCCACGUCAAGUUCGAUCCCAUCCCGCAGUCUGUCCGAUCUGCGAAGCGAACCUAUGUAGCUGGACCUCCACUGAUGGACGACACAGGCCAUGACUUCUACGCGGAGGAGAUCGUAGGCUUCUUCGUGGCUCCUUACGCGGCGAACUACAGCUUUUAUUUGGCGGCCGACGACGAGGCAGAUCUCUCAUUAUCCUGCUGUGGCGACAUGGCUGGCAUGAAGGUCAUCGUCCGCAGCGAAAAGGUGGACUUCGCCAUGCCACGCUAUACCCCGUUGGCAUGGUACGGGAGCUGCCAGGCGACUGGCACGGGAUCGGACGAGCCGGAAUGCUCCAUCUCCAAGCCAGUUGAUAUGUCCGCAGGUGACCGUGUGCUCAUGCGUGUGCGCCACCGCGACCAUGUGGGAGCAGACUGGCUCCGGGUGGGCCUGCGUGUCCACAUGCCCAUCCAGUCUGUUGAGGGGUCCAUGCCGCCAGCCGAGAUCGUGAGGAGGAAGUCCUUCCUCGAAGUGCAGAGACUGACCAUGACGGCGAAUGUGGUGCGCGAGAGGCACCGGAUGAAUUUCCUCCGAGUCCUCACAGGCAGCUUCCGCGUCCGUGUGCGCCGCUUCGCGCAGAACUUCCUUCGUGAAGGUGUCUCGGGCGUGCUGCGUGUGGGUGCUACUGCCGCGGAGCUCGCCCGCACACUUUGGGACACUAUGGAUCUCUAUGGAAGAGUCCUGGAGUGCGAGCCGACUCUUGAGCGAACGGAAGAUGCCGACAACGCAGUGUUGGUCUAUUUUGUGACCUUCCCCUGUCCACGGCAAGCAGACGGGAAUCCACAUGCCGACACCCUGGACAUCGUGCCCGGUCUCGACGUCAUCGCCACCGGCCGAGAGGGAUGGGUCAUGAACUCCGCCUACUUGCAGUCUGCCUCGGAGCUCGUGCAGGGCAGUUUCCGGCUCCACUUUCGAGGGCAGUGGACGGAGGCCAUCUCGUACCAGGGCUGGCAAGCUGUCCAGCGGCAGCUUCUGAUGCUUCCGGGCCUGGGUGACGUUCGCAUCUGGCCUUUUGCAGAGGUGCUCCAGGAGGGCAGAGAAGGGUGGUCAGUGGGACUCCUACUGCCCGGGGAAUCAGGCGGUGGCGAGGACAUGCCCGAGAUUCACGUUGAUGGCUCCCGCUUGUCUGGUCCAGGUGUGCGUCUGUCCAUCGAUACGCUCGCGAACGGCUCACAGGAUCUCUUCUUUGAGGAAAUACCAGCGGAUUGGUUUCGCACUCCGAACUUGCAGCCUCAGGUGGUAGUGGAGAGCAACGGCGUGGUGGCAUCUGCGGAUGAUGUGUCCUUCCGUCGUUCCGAGGAUUUUACCCCGCGCUUGAUGGACCUGGAUCCCCUGGUGGUGCAGGUGGGCUCUGAGCUUUCACUACGCUUCGACCGUGUGGAUGGAAACCACCUCCGGGACGUGACCUUGCGCGAAGGCCGGGAGCCCUUUGCGAUCUUCGUGGGGCCGUCGCGAUGCAACUUGACGCCUUGA